GGCAGGGGCGCUGAGGGAACCCCGAUGGGCAAGGCCCCCAUUUCUCGCUUUAUUUGGCCCCCACACUGGGCUCUGAGGCUGAGCCCUAGGGGGCCUGGGGAUCGGAGAGAGACGGGGCACAAGAGGGCGUGCGCAGCCUUGGAACCCCCCGCCCCAACCCCGGGGAGAGUGUGAACACUCCCGCACCGGAACAGGCUGGGCCCCACGUGGCUGGAGGAGGCCAGGAGCGCGCAGGCUCCCCACGGAAAGGAACGCGCGGUCCCGAGGACAUGUGGCACGCCCUCCUGGGCGGCGCGAGGGGCGGAUGGAGGCCCAGGGCCCCAGCCUGGCGCGCGGGUGCCCCGCCCUUCCUCCUGGCCCUUCUCUCCCUCAGUUCCUGAUGACCACUAACUCCCUGAGCACGUGUUGCGAAUCGGGUGGCCGGACUCUGGCCGACUCCGGGCCGGCCGCCUCCGCCCAGGCGCCCGUCUACUGCCCGGUCUACGAGAGCCGGCUGCUGGCCACCGCGCGCCACGAGCUCAACUCGGCCGCGGCGCUUGGCGUCUAUGGGGGCCCCUACGGAGGCUCUCAGGGCUAUGGCAACUACGUGACCUACGGAUCCGAGGCGUCCGCCUUCUACUCGCUGAACAGCUUCGACUCCAAGGACGGGACGGGAUCUGCGCAUGCGGGCCUCACGCCCGCCGCCGCCGCCGCCUACUACCCGUACGAGCCGGCUCUGGGCCAGUACCCAUAUGACAGGUACGGGACCAUGGACAGCGGCACGCGGAGGAAGAACGCCACGCGCGAGACCACCAGCACGCUCAAGGCCUGGCUGCAGGAGCACCGCAAGAACCCCUACCCCACCAAGGGCGAGAAGAUCAUGCUGGCCAUCAUCACCAAGAUGACCCUCACGCAGGUCUCCACCUGGUUCGCCAACGCGCGCCGGCGCCUCAAGAAGGAGAACAAGAUGACAUGGCCGCCUAGGAACAAGUGCGUGGACGAGAAGCGGCCCUACGCUGAGGGCGAGGAGGAGGAGGGGGCCGACGAGGACCCCCGGGAGGAGCCCCGCAAGAGCGCCAAGAACGAAGAGCCCAUCGGCAAAGAGGAGAAGGAUCUAGAGCUCAGCGAUUUGGAGGACUUCGAUGCCCUGGAGGCGGAGCCCCGGGACUGCGAGCUGAAACCGCCCUUCCAGCCCCUGGAUGGCAGCCUGGACCGAGUCGCCGCACCCGACGGCCCCAGCGCCCCGGGAAAGGAGGCCCCAGGCAGCCUCCGGAUGCCCCUGGCUGCCGGUAGUGGGGCCUCCCUGGACCAGGACCUGGAGAGGGCCCGGAGCUGCCUCCGGAGCGCAGCAGCCGGCCCAGAGCAGCAGCCGGGCGUGGGCGAUGGCCCGCAGGUCUGCGAGGCCAAGCUGGGCUUUGCGCCCGCUGGGGCCACGGUGGGGCUCGAGGCCAAGCCCCGAAUCUGGUCCCUGGCGCACACGGCGACAGCCGCCGCCACUGCCCUGAGCCAGACUGAGUUUCCGUCGUGCAUGCUCAAGCGCCAAGGCCCUAUCGCUCCUGCUGCCGCCUCGUCGGCGCCUGCUUCGUCCUCGCCUGCGGCCCCGGUCCCCGCUGGUGCCCUGGACAGGCACCAGGACUCCCCAGUAACCAGUCUCAGAAACUGGGUGGACGGGGUCUUUCAUGACCCCAUCCUCAGGCACAGCACUUUGAACCAGGCCUGGGCCACCGCCAAGGGCGCCCUCCUGGACCCAGGGCCGCUGGGACGCACACUGGGGGCGAGCGCCAACAUGCUGACCACGCCCCUGGCGCGGGCCUUCCCUCCCACCGCACCCCAAGAUGCCCCUGCCUCCAGCGCUGCCAAGGAGCUGCUGGCCCUGCCCAAGGCCAGCGGGAAGCCCUUCUGCGCCUAACUGGCCACUGGCCAGGGCGCCUGAGCCGAAGAGGGAGCUGGUGCUCAGGCUGCAGGCUCCUAGGUCGCAGACUCUUUCUACCAGGUUUCCAAAGCAAGGCAAGAGCACAGGAGAGCUCAGGCCACCAACCACCCUGGAGGGAGCAUCUGAACUCGCUCUGGGGGAGCCAGGGAGCAGCAGCUUGACUGAUGUGUCAGGUGCCCCACCCACCUGGACAUGAGCCACUCCCCCAAACACGGACCUGGGGGAUGAAACUGCUCUCUGAGCAGAAGGGAGCCACCCUGAGCAUAAAGUUUACCGUCCACAAGUUUACAUGGAGCAGACAUUUCAGCCCUGAGGCUCUGUCUUGCAGUCUCCUUUUGGGUUUGAGCAUGCCUCUGUGUUAUGGAAACCCCUCAGCCUGCUGACCUUCUGACUUCAUCCUCCGCACAUAAUCCUCACCAACAGCACUUCACCAAGUUUACACUAUUGCACACUCCUAACUCGAUCAGAUUAUGUUUUUUUAAUGUAUGUUCACACCAAUAACUGCCUGCUUCAGAGGCUAAUAUAACAAAACCAAUAAAACCGAGUGGUGGUGUUUGCAUUGCAAA